UAUUUCCCUGCAUUUCUCGUCCAGUGUUCCCCUGCAUCAAUCCUUUGCUCAUCUCGCAGUCCCGCCCCCUUCCAUCCUCUCCCUUUUUGCUCACACACGUGCAUCCACAGAAGCAGGGCCAUCUCUGCUAUCGCCAACGUCGCCAUGACUAACAGCCCAUGCCUCCUUGCCGUUCGGUCGCCAGGUCGGGUUUUGUUCAAGUUGGAGAAGCCCAAGGCCAUCAUGAUCGUGGCCAAGGCAACUGAGCCGCGUAUCGUCGAAUUCACUCGAAACCUCACGACAUUUCUGAUCGAUACGCCGCGACAAUGUUCCUCGACGGGGCUCACCCUAUACGUGGACCAGCAGCUUCGCAACCAUCCCUCCUUUGACUACGACGACCUGAUUCGCCGAUAUCCCCACUACGAGUCCAAGUUGUACUUUUGGACGCCCGAGUUCUGCGCCUCUCCCAAGACCCACGAGAUCAUCGACGUCAUCAUCACUCUCGGCGGCGACGGAACGGUUCUGUAUGCCUCGUGGCUCUUCCAGCACAGCCAGGUUCCGCCGGUGAUCCCCUUCCAUCUCGGCAGCCUAGGAUUCCUCACAAACUUCCACAUCUCAAACAUCAAGGGGGUGCUCGAGCGCAUGAUUGGCGCCUCCGGUGACGGCGUGCGGGUCAAUAUGAGGAUGCGACUGACAUGCACGCUCUGGCGAGCCAAGGGCCGAUCAAAGUACACCAAUACCCUGCAGUUCCGUGACUACGGCCAAGCGCCGCCGAGGAUGGACGGACAAGACUCGGAUGUCGUCGUGACGCUCGAGCCUGCCUUGGAUGAUCCGGAAACAAGUGUGCCGGCGCGGCUGUCCAAGAGCAGUGCCUACACCUCCAGCUCGCCGUCGCUCUUUCCCGAGACCUGCAAGACCAAGCCCGAGCUGUUUCUCGGCACCCAACUCAAAGAAAAAUGCCCCAUCCGGCCUCCGCCGGGGGGUGACUCGACUCCAGCUCUGACCCGAGUUCGCGCUCAGGGCCAUGCUCUGCAUCCAGCCCAAGCUCCAACCCGGGAUCGCCCGCCUGUCUUGGACUCGGCGGGCCUAUCCGAUACCGCUGCCCAAGGAUCGACAGCCCUAGCGCCGGCUCUGCUCUCUAAUGCUCGGCUUACUGACUCGAGUCUCUCUGUGGGCUCCGCCGACGGCCCGGGUCGCAAGUACUCGGGUCGGCACCCUGUGUCGAGUGCCAAACCAGUCCCCACCGAGACCUUCCACAUCCUCAACGACCUGGUCGUCGACCGAGGACCCAGCGCCUAUAUGAGUCAGCUCGAGCUCUACGUGGACGAACGACACUUGACGACAGUGCAAGCCGACGGACUCGUGAUCUCGACGCCCACAGGCAGCACGGCCUAUUCGCUGAGCGCCGGUGGAUCGUUGGUUCACCCAGAAGUGCCGUCGAUUUUGGUUUCACCCAUCUGUCCGCACACACUAUCGUUCCGGCCGAUGCUCCUGCCCGACAGCAUCGAUCUCAAAAUCCAGGUCCCUCAAGACUCUCGGAACACGGCUUGGGCUUCCUUUGACGGCCGACAUCGGAUCGAGCUGCGCCAGGGCGACUUUAUCCGGGUGACGAUGAGCCGGUGGCCGAUGCCCACCAUCUGCUCGGCGGACCAGACCACCGACUGGUUCGAGAGUCUGCGACGGUGUCUGCAUUGGAACGAGCGUACGCGGCAGAAGCCCUUUGGCGACCCCAAUGACGGCCCACCCAUGCCUGAUCUGUCGCCAUAGCAAUACAGGACUCGUAAUGAUGAACCGGGGCACUGGAGGCAGACGGAUGGGGCC